CUGCCCAACAACCUUUCAACAAUCAAAUAGAAUUCUCUUGCUCGCUGUUCGUGUUGCGCGAUGGAUGGUGUCUCGCUUGACCGGAGUGGAAACGCGAGGUAAGGCCAGUCCGGAUCAACGCAAGCUACUGAUGAUGAAGAUCAGAGCAGAGCAGCGGCUUGCAGCGACGCACCGUCCCUUCUCCCCCCGCAAGGCGCAGCUUCCGUCAGCACAACUCGAGCUCGUUUUUUAAAUUCUCCUUUUUCAGACGAUGACCACUGAAUGCACGCCAGUAAGCAGCGCUACUCGUACCUGUACUCACAACACACGCUCAAGCGUACCUCGACCUGUCCCUGCGCCGCUCGACCGACCGAAAUGCUCAAAGCGGCAUAGCUUCCCAAGCCAGCAAUCGCUCGCAAAACUCCCACCAUCGCCAGCUCGCGUGCAACGCAUGCGCGCCCCCGAGACUUUUCGCAUCGCUCUAGCUCGCUGCGCAGACGAUGGAAUCGAAAUGGGAAACGGUGAGGCUUCGUCGAUGCUUCGUUUCCCUGCCGUCCGCGUGUUUGGAGAAGCGUCGUCGCGCGUGCGUAAGUAUAGGGAUGCGUCGUCGUCACAUUCAAGAGCAAGGCUACCCGGAUUCCCUUGAGGCGUUCCGAAGCGGACAUCGAUGCUGCCGGGGUCCACGCAGCACGGGUAUGGAACUGAUCAAGUAGUGAAAAUAGCAGUACGCCCGCCGCACAGCAUCAAGCUGACCAAACAUUUAGAGGAACAGUAUCUGCGGUCAUUAUAUUCCACGUCAGCUGCUUGAGUCAAAUCUGUUGUAAUCGGCAUUCGCAUAUCACUGCUAGAUCUGCGCACGCUUCACAUGUCCUGGUACACAGACAGAACAGUAUACGAAGACAAACUUCAUCAGAG